AUGGCGGAUGGGUCGCCCGAACACCGUGCCGGCCCGAAACAAAUGAACAAUAUAACUUUUUCCGCGCCCAAUCCUAAACAUAGUGACACAAAUAAGUGCAGUGAGGAAACAUUUGAACACGAUAAAGUGAAGUUAUGUUUGUACACCGAACCAAAAACGAGUGAAUCUUGUGAGAAAAGUGAUACGCGCGGCGUGGCCGCCAAUUGUACGACAGCGGUCAUCACUACGAGCUCCCAAAAAUCUUGUGACGCGAACACCGAGGAAGGCGAGGACAGGAAGAAGCGAUGCUUCGACAGAUACGACAGCUCCGAAUCAGCUGACAGUGGCGUGGCGGUGCUGAGUCCGACGGAAAGUGGCGGUUGCAGCGGUAGCGAUAUCACCGAGCCUGGCUCACCGCGCAGCCCCGAGUCGUCGUGUAGCACCGCAGAGGAGAGCGCGGGAUCGCGCAUGCCGCCCUGGGCGAGCGACCCGGCGCCGCCGGCACCGCGACGCCUCGCGGUUCAACCCGCUCCUGUACGCCGGCCACAACAAUCCAUACCCCGCCGUAUCACAGAAUAUUUUAACCAUAAAAUGAAGCCUCAAAAUGGUGUGAAACGGGAUUCAAGUACCGCAAGCAAUGAGGACUCCAAAAGAAAGUGCCUGCCUAAAAAUGGCGUCACACACGACCUUGAGAAAUACAUUUCUUACAUAUCACAGACACUAAGUCCUAAAGUACUAAUGGAUGUCAGUAAGCAAGCUGAAGUUCCUCCGGGAAAAAUGUUGAAUCAAUCUACUAAUGCAAUUUUUGAUGCAUCAAAACCAACAGAUCUCAGUAAAACAGGUGGAAAUGUAAAUGGAAUGGUGGAUUUUAAUAAGCCUAAAGAUAAUAAAGAUAAAAGUCACACAAGUAUGAAUGGUUUCGUUGAAGUUCGACAAGUGACAGAAUUAUUUUCAAAAGAAAAAUUUUCAACCACUCUUUUGAACGGUUCGGUUGACGGUAAAAAACAAAACCAAGCCAUCAAAAUGGCAACAGACCCAUCCGCCAACGGGACGAUGAACGUACAUAACACAUGUCCAUUUAAUAAGCAAAAAGUUGCGAUACCAGCAUCAAAUAAUAUUGUUGGGUUAAGAAUUGCGCCUGCGACGUCUGUAAGUCAGUCACCCAAAAGAAAUUCGGAAUCUAAACCUGACACUACUAGAAUUAACGGUGUCGUGAGUUCUACUACUAAAUUAGAUAACAGAAUGAAUGGUGUUACAUGUGGAUCGAAUAAUUUAAGUUUAAAUCCUAUUACUUCCAAGUUACUGACUACAAAAAAAGACGCGGUAAAGAAAACGACACAGCAGUCUAAAAGAACAAAUCGAAAAUCAUCCGCGUGUAUAGCUAAUAGUAAAAAUAUGACGUGGUCUAAAGCAAACAAUCUCAAGCAAGUGCAACUUCAAAAACAAAAUUGUGUUAAUUCAGUUCAGAGUUCGACUAUCAAAGGCAUGUCUGGUGAAGCUAACACAACGCCAAAGAUGAAUAUUUCAAAUGGUGUUCACCAAGUUUCAAUGACAGUGAAUAGUAGUCUUGGAAAUUUGAAUGCACCAGUGACAAAUUUUCAAAAUUGCCCAAUAAACAUCCCCCAAGCAUGUAAUGGUACAGUGACAUCCAAUAAUUUGGCAUCUUUUGUUGCUGUUCCACAGAAUGUAAUGCUUACCGCAUUAAGAAUACCACAAAAUGGUAUACCAGCUCAAUCUCUAAAUCAACCAACUAAUAUGGGUUUCAAUAGACCUAAUGUCAAUGUUACGAGUCCUACAAAAUUAAAUGGACAAUUUGUUUUCCCUCUUGUACAAAAUAUAAAUGGAACCGUUGUACAAAUACCUAAUUUAAUGGCCAAAAUGCCUAAUUUUGUUCUACCGCAGACAGCACAAUUAACACCACAACGACAAGACCACUUACAAAAUCACCAGCAAAUUCUUAUAAAUGGUACACUUUUAAAACUGGCAAACACAAUGACAUCCGCAUAUACAAAUGUCAAUAAACCUCCGCCAGUUACAAGUCAAUCUAUUCCCGUAGUGAAUAAAAAUCUCACAGGAAUGCAACCCGUAGGAAUGACAGUACAACCAAAACCGAAUUACACAGUUAACAUAAGCCAUCCAUUAUUAAUGCCGCAACCUGGUUUUAUUGUCACGUCUGUGCCAAAUAUAAAUGUGAAAGAGACUUGGAGUUACUCGAAUACGAACACAACAUCGUCUUCACAAUCGACAUGUUCAAAUCCGAUAGUCCAACAUCCUCCGCCUAUUGUAGCCAACUUUACAACUCAGGCGUUACAUACGAGUAGUAUACCGAUAGCACCAGUGAAGCCGCCUGACAAUCCUAUCCAGGGUACUGAACCACCAAGUAGCACAGUAAACGAACCAGAAAUAAGUGAAGUAAGUCCCAAGUGUGAUAUACCAUGGCUGUCAAAAACUGUUAAUAAUAACAUUGUUCCAUUAGAUAAUAAUAAAAUGUCAUCGAGGCCUUUUGCACAAGUUAGUUUAUCAGAAAAAAUUGAGGAAUUGACAAUGGAGAAAAUGAGGGUGUGUAAGACUUCAGAAGAAAAAGAGAAAGAAAUAAGGAAAGAAGUCACAGAUGAGGACCUGAGAAAAGUGGAGGAAGUUGCGAGGCGAGAAGAAACUAUAUUCACGCAAAUAACUGUUCUCAAGGAUGUUUCGUCAAAUGUUCAAAACACUGUGAUAGAAGCUAAUUUCUGCAAUGCUACCACAGAGUCAUCUGAAUCUGGAAUAGGUACAGAUAAGUCCAUAGACUCGCCGAGUGACUCGCAGACUAGUAAGGAGUGUGAUGAAGAUUCCUCGUUAUCUUUAAGUGUGAGUGUGUGUUCAGUGGAAGUGAAAAGCAGUCAGAAAAGUCCUAUUCUGAAGCAGCCAAAAACGUUGCGGUUCCCACCUAGGAACCCAACAAGCAAGGCAAGCAGCGACAAAAGGACAUCUAGUACUGAUACAACGUCCACAGUUACGGUGUGUUUGUGGGAGAAUUGCAAGCGAGAGCUUGAUAGUGAUAGUGAUCUUUUGGAGCAUUUACAGACUGCCCACGUGGAAACCCAAGCAGGGAAAGAUAACUAUGUGUGCCUAUGGGAACAGUGUAAGGUCCGCGGCAAGCCUUCAUGCUCCAGGUUAUGGCUGGAGCGGCAUACACUCUCACAUGGCGGGAGCAAGCCCUUCAAAUGCAUAGUCGACGGCUGUGAGAGGAGAUUCUCUACUCAGAUAUUGUUGGAGCGCCAUGUGAACAACCACUUCAACGAGGUCUCGCCCAACACCAGCGGCAGCAAGAAGUCCACCGACAGCGCGUCAAAGCUCAUCCGUCGGAAUGGCAAGAAACUCCGGUACAGAAGGCAGCCGUGGUCUGCGCGCAUGUUCGACUUCUUCGACGCGGGUACGAUGGAGGGCCUGGCGUGGCGGCUGUCGCAGUGCACGAGGUGGCGGGUGGGCGGCACGUGUCCGCUGCGCGAGCCGGCCGGCCGCCACACGCUGACGCUGCACGCCGCGCUGCGCGCCUCGCGGUACAACGCCGCCGCUGACCGAACCGAGGCGCUCGUCACCUACUUCCCGCCGCAUGUGAUCGAGGACGAGUGGGUGCCAGAGAAAGACGUGAAGCUCAUCAAGAGAGUCGAGAUUGCGUCACUUCCGGUCCACACGAAGGUGAUAGUGUACGAGCAGUUCUGCAUGUCGUACAAGACGCCUCCACCAGCCGUCACCGCGCCAGAACAGAUUCCAGUCGUCCCGGAAGUGAGCCCACCGCGGAAGCUGCCCGCGAGACAGUGCACGUCGUCCCGCGUGCUGGCCAACUUGCUGGCCAAGCAGAAACGUGCCGCUGAAGAAAACGAGUGCGUGCCAGAGAAUCCAACGACGUUGUACGCGCCCGUCGUCGACCACGAGCCGGCCGCCACCGGCGCCAAGAAGAGGAAGCUCGGACGGCGGUAUGGCGGGAAUUGCUUCUGGCCGUGCGGACGAUAAUUUCGACGCUCUUUUGGUUCGCGCCACAUCGCCUCGCUCGUCCGUACAAGGUCAAGUAAUAUUUUCAAAUUACAUUGUUCACGACGUAACGUGGCCGGCGAUGUGACGCGAGCGGACAGAUGUUGAUUCUCCAACGGGCGGGUGGCCGACGAUAUCCGAUUUAGGAAAAUUCUCGCCAAAGAUUCGUUGACGACCCGCGACGCGGUUCAUAGACUGCUAGUUGAGUGUAGCAGACGUAAAUUUUAUUCACAAGACUGAUGCUUACUUUUUAUAAUGAUAUUGAGGUGAUUGUCGUCGUCUGAGCGUCGUCGCGUCCGCGUACGGAUGGAUGUCGCUCGCCGAAUGCGAAGAGUUCGGUCGCGAACAAAGUUGUAAAUAUUUAGUGCGAUGUGUAAAAAUGUUAGGUUAUAGCAGGUUCAUUUCGCUAUUCGAGUUUUGAUGUACACAUUAGAUUUUAUUCGAGUGUUCGUUUUAGUUGGGUGUGUCCGGAUCGCCGCGCAUCUGGCGUGUAGUCUGAGUAUAUGUAAGUUAGUGUAAGUGUUGUCGCGGUUGCGACACGGUCGACCAGCGAUACGCAUCACUGCCAACGUGUAAAUACUAGUUUAUAUUAUAAUACGUGAUUCGUUUUAGCUUAGUGUAAUUUUCGUUCGUCGCUUUAUCGAUGUGGUUUCGUUUAGUUAUAAUUACCCCGCGUCUCGACUUGCUUUCGCUUGCCUGACGUGCCAACGAGGAUGGUCGUCGGACGUUGGAUGCGUGAUCAUGAAUGUUGCAUUCGGUCUUCCGACUCGGCCCUCAUGACUCACCAAGUGCCUCGAUACAGCACAAUUUACCAAUAAUGACGUAGUGUUCACGUUAUAUCAAGUUAUCCCGCGUUAUUCAUAUCAAACGAAACUCACAGCUAGUUUUAAGGUAUUAGAGUUCAAUUUUUAUAUUCGACUUAUUCGAGUCCCAGUUUUCGUGUUCCAAAAUAAUGUUGAAGCAAUUUUGACGACGCUUUACAGAAUCAACAACUGUCUAAGGGGCUUAUCACACUGUCAAAUAUAUAUGAUCAUAUGUAGAUCGAUCUAUUAGUUGAUGAAGUUUUACACACUUUUAAUGUUAAUAAAAGGUUUUACAAUAUCUUUAUAUAGUUUAGGUAUAAUGUAGUGUGAUCAUUUUUUGUGUCUACCUUGUAUUUCUAAAUGUACUUACUACAUAUGAUGCCAUACGUAUGAUAGUGUGAUAUGCUCCGAAGUGUUUGUAAGUCCAACAUUGUAGAUGUCACUGCCAUUCAUGUUGUGUUUAGUUCUAUAAUGCCCGUUGUACUUUAGUAUCGACUAUGUACUUUUAGCAAUAACACUAUGUGAUAAGACUUAUAGUUCAAUAACAGACGCAUUCUCGCGCACAAUUUUAUAUUACGAGCAAUGGCAACACGGAUAACAGCGUAUCAAAGUAUUCAUCUGUAAUACUAUGGACAUGAUUUAGAUAAUGUUUAAAAUAUUAUAUUUUUUUUUAUUUAGACAAUAGUCUUAUAAUUCUUACAGUUGGGCUACCAGACGUUAGUAGUUGCUCUUUCGUUUCCAUCUAAAUUGUUUUUCUCUUACAACAAAGUUUAAAAGUUCCAUAACAAGAUAGUUACUCAGUAAAAUGUGGAAAUAAAUUAUAAAUUUUAUGUAAAAACAAAGGUAUAUCCGCACCGAUGCGAUAUUUAAACCUUCAAGAAAAGAGCUUAUUCCUUCUUAAAAGGCCGGCAACGCACUUGCAAUUCCCCUGGUGUUGCGAGUGCUCAUUGGCGGCGGUUAUCACUUACGAUCAGGUGAGCCGCAAGCUCGUUUGUACCCUAUGCUAUAAUAAAAUAAUGUUAAAAAAACACCUUGCAUUCGAUAUUAUAAAAGUCUUUAUUUCCGGUACCGUAUAGCGAUUUUCGACAAUAAAAAGACCAUUUAUUAUAUUUCAUCCAUUCGUUGCCCAACUGUAAUAUUCUUGUACUGUAAUUCAAACUCAUCAACACAGAUGUUUUCAACUGAGUUCUGUUUAUAUGUCACGUUAUUUGUGUUUUAAUAAUUACUUAACAUUUUAAUAUUGUAUACGUAAUCGACAUAUUGAUGUGUCAAAAUAUUUUUUUGACAAUAUUUGUUCAAAAAUUGUGUAUACUUCAAUUCUAGUUAUUUAUUUAGUCUGUUUAUUAUACAUGGCAUAUUUUAUAUACAAUAAGAAAAUGAAUAUGUGGUUAGAUCAAAAAAAUUUUUGUACAAUAAUUAUAAUUAUAUGUUUGUAUGUAUCCAGUUUUAUCUGCUAUCAAACUUAAAUUACAAUUACUAUGUUUAUACUUCAACAUUGUUUACAGUAUAUGCCAAAUAUAGUAAAACAGAAUAAACUUACAUUAUUAUUGAAAGGCAGUUCUAAAGGAAUGGCAUCGUUUACAUCGUAAAUAAGUGCUACAUGUUUAAACAAGUCUGUUGUGGAUUCUACAACUGAUUACGAGAUUUUAAUCAUUUUUUUU